AUGGCGCUGCCUUCCUGGGUGCUGUCCGCGCGCACAGCGGAGAUCUCCGAGACAGAGGCUCAGGCAGCCUUCAGCGGCAUGCAGACGGUUGAGCUCACGCUUCCUACCGCUGUUGCCUCUGGCCCUGUCGUCACUCGCUACCUCAAGACGGCGGUCGAACCUUCACCAGAGGAGGAGCCACCGUUGCUGCUGGUCCACGGCUUUGACAUCUCCUUGGCUUUGGAGUACCGCCGGCUGCUGCCGCUCCUUGAGGCUUUGGGCAUUGAGGGCCAAGCGAGCGCAUUUGCUCGCCUUCUGGAGGAGCGUGCUCGGCAGCCGCCUGGCCGUUGGGUGGGGGCUUCGCUGGGCGCCUGCGUCGCCCUCGACUGCUACCGCGCCGAACCGGGCGCAUUCCGUUCAUUUGCAUCGCUCGCGCCGGCCUUCUUCACGCCGCCGCCGCCCGUCCUGCCGGCGCCUCUCGGCCGACUGCUGCUUCAAAACGUGCUCACCGCGCCGAGUGUGCGCGAGAGCAUCGCCAAGCAGGCCUACCACGUGAAGGAGGACCAGACGGAGGACGCCAUCCGUUGUGGUAAUUUGCACCUCAGUCGCGCAGAGUGGGAGGAGGACUCGCUAGAAUGGCUAAUGAGUGGCGCGGCGCGUACGGCAACCUCGCGCCGCACGUGGCAGAGCUGGGCGCGCUGGAGACGCUCACCCUGUGGGGUCGCGAGGACGAGGUGA